UGGUGGUUGGGUGGUAAGAUGGCGGCUGUGAGUCUGCGGCUCGGCGAUUUGGUGUGGGGGAAACUCGGCCGGUAUCCUCCGUGGCCGGGAAAGAUUGUUAAUCCACCCAAGGAUUUGAAGAAACCGCGUGGAAAGAAAUGCUUCUUUGUGAAGUUUUUUGGAACAGAGGAUCAUGCCUGGAUCAAAGUGGAACAGCUAAAGCCAUACCAUGCUCAUAAGGAGGAAAUGAUAAAGAUUAACAAGGGAAAACGAUUCCAGCAAGCUGUGGAUGCUGUGGAAGAGUUCCUCAGGAGAGCCAAAGGGAAAGACCAGACAUCAUCCCACAAUUCUGCUGAUGACAAGAAUCGGCGUAAUUCCAGUGAGGAGAGAAGUAGGCCCAACUCAGGUGAUGAGAAGCGCAAACUUAGCCUGUCUGAAGGGAAGGUGAAGAAGAGCAUGGGAGAAGGAAAGAAGAGGGUGUCUUCAGGCUCUUCAGAGAGAGGCUCCAAGUCCCCUCUGAAAAGAGCUCAAGAGCAGAGUCCCCGGAAGCGGGGUCGGCCCCCAAAGGAUGAGAAGGAUCUCACCAUUCCUGAGUCUAGUACCAUUAAGGGGAUGAUGGCCGGACCUAUGGCUGCAUUUAAAUGGCAGCCAACUGUGAGUGAGCCUGUUAAAGAUGCAGACCCUCAUUUCCAUCACUUCCUGCUCAGCCAAACCGAGAAGCCAGCUGUCUGUUACCAGGCAAUCACAAAGAAGUUGAAAAUAUGUGAAGAGGAGACUGGGUCUACCUCCAUCCAGGCAGCAGACAGCACAGCCGUGAAUGGCAGCAUCACACCCACAGACAAAAAGAUAGGAUUUUUGGGCCUCGGCCUCAUGGGAAGUGGCAUCGUCUCCAACUUGUUAAAAAUGGGUCACACGGUGACUGUCUGGAACCGGACUGCAGAGAAAUGUGAUUUGUUCAUCCAGGAGGGGGCCCGCCUAGGAAGAACCCCCGCUGAAGUUGUGUCAACUUGUGACAUCACCUUUGCCUGUGUGUCGGAUCCAAAGGCGGCCAAGGAUCUGGUGCUGGGCCCCAGUGGUGUGCUGCAAGGGAUCCGCCCCGGGAAGUGCUACGUGGACAUGUCAACAGUGGACGCUGACACAGUCACUGAGCUGGCCCAGGUGAUUGUGUCCAGGGGGGGCCGUUUUCUGGAAGCCCCAGUCUCAGGGAACCAGCAGCUCUCUAAUGAUGGAAUGUUGGUGAUCUUAGCUGCUGGAGACAGGGGUUUAUAUGAAGACUGCAGCAGCUGCUUCCAGGCAAUGGGGAAGACCUCCUUCUUUCUAGGUGAGGUUGGCAAUGCAGCCAAGAUGAUGCUGAUUGUGAACAUGGUCCAGGGGAGCUUCAUGGCCACCAUCGCUGAGGGGCUAACCCUGGCCCAAGUGACAGGCCAGUCCCAGCAGACAUUCUUGGACAUCCUCAAUCAAGGACAAUUGGCCAGCAUCUUCCUGGAUCAGAAGUGCCAAAAUAUUCUGCAAGGAAACUUUAAACCUGAUUUCUACCUGAAAUACAUUCAGAAGGAUCUUCGCUUAGCCAUUGCACUAGGUGAUGCCGUCAACCAUCCAACUCCUAUGGCAGCUGCAGCCAAUGAGGUAUACAAAAGAGCCAAGGCACUGGACCAGUCUGACAACGACAUGUCUGCCGUGUACCGGGCCUACAUACACUAAGCUCCCACUCCCCCUAUUUUCCCUCUGACCCCCUCAUCCUCACAUGGGGUUGGGGUCCUGGGACUUGACUCUGGACCAGUCGACCUGUCUCCAUCUCCUUUUAUACAGACUUUGAGACUUGCCAUCAGCACAGCACACAGCAUUACUCCUCUCCUGAAUGUCCUGGGAUGGGGAGGGGUAUCAGCAGGAUUGGCCUGUAGCAAAGCUCUUGAGCUGGGCACUGGCCCCCAAACCAGGUGGCUGUGUGUUCACACACACACACACACACACACACACACACACAUCCACCCACACUGGCUCUUACUCCAGGAUAGAAGCUGCCCAGAAACUGCUGCCUGGCUAUUUUUCCCCCUUCUUCCAAGCUUGUCUUAUCUCAGACCCCUUCCAUUUGAGGAACUAGAAUCAGCAGUGAGAACUGGAAGCCUCCCCAUUGCUUCCCUCAGAGCGAAGAUGCUGUGGUCACAUCCACAUUCCCAGCUGGAUUCCUUGCAGAGAGAGGCUCUGGGCCAAGAUGAACCAGCACAGACUAAAUGGAGGAUCCUGUGGGCCCUCCAACCUCAGUUGACCAUCUGAUGAUGAUUGUCAUGUUUAAGCUACCAACGUGCAGCCAACUCCAGAAAUGCCUUUGUGAACUGAAAAGAGAUUGGCAAAGUCAAGCGAAGACAGGGCUCUGGCUUUCCAGGGAGAGCGUCAGUCAGCCUGUAGGUUGAGCCUCACAGAAAAGGCUGCCCUCCUCACUGUUCUUCAGCACCCGAAGUCGCCAUCACUACAGAGCCCUGGGCUGGGAUCAGACUUCCUUGCUUUGGUGUAGGGGGAACCUCACUCCUCAGUAAGCUGUUUUAGUAUUUAGAUUUGCAUUCCAGCCCUUGGGAAGGGAGUCCUGAGGGCCACCAGAGGGAGAGGGAUGGGCUUCUUCCUGUUUCCAUUAUGCCACAGACUUCACAUGGUCUUGAAGAGCCACUCUGACCCAGGCGCCCUCAUAGUGGUCCCACCUUCUCCAGCCUGCCCCUGCACAAGCCCUCUGCAUGCCCACUUUUCUCCAUUCUCUUCCCUUUCCUCUUUUCCUCCCAUGGAGACAGUAUUUCUUCCUGUCUGUCCCUUUGACUCAGACCCAGCCUGACCAACCGACGAUGACCAUUUCUUAGGCUCAGCUCUUGAAACAGAAUGAGUGUCUUCACUUCAGCCAGCAGCUUGGUCUUCGGUGCUUCCAGGGCCCUGAGGUCUGUCAGGAGGGAAAAGGAGAACUGGGCCUGACUGAACCUGAAAUAAUGGCCCCUCAGAGGUGGAUCCAAGACAUCCUUGAAUACCUAGUAUUUCUCCUUGGACAGGGGACCAGAGGGGGUUGGAAUGUGGCUAAGAAAAAGGAGAAGUCACCUGAAGGAUGUCAGUGUUGUCUCCCUCUGCAUGGGUUGGAUUUUCCAAAGUCACACUUUGCAGAAGGUCAACAUUUAUAGUGAAUAUGUAAUUAUAUAUAAGAAAGGUGGCCACACUGAUGUGGGUCUCUCCCCCUCACAACCUUGGCCCUUUUCCACUGAUCAGAACCCAGGUUUGUGGAUAUCAGAAGACAUGGGGGUGUGGGAGACAGGGAUGAUGCCUGUGGGAUUUUGGCACAGUUUAUUUCACUGGGAUUUUGAAUUCUUUUCUGUCUGAACACAAAGCCUGUUCUAGUCCU